CUUCGAUUAGCGGCGGAGUAAACAAUCAUUGCUGCGCAGUUUAUUGGUCGUAGUUACCGUUUCGCAGCGGCUGCCUCUCGGCUGCGUCGGUCGGCCGGUUUCUCUUGAAGAAGCCACACUGGAAAUACACAAAUCAUAGCUCCGAGGGUCCCCGGUUCACGAGAGAUUACGAGAAGACGUGAGGUUACAACGAGGAUGGCCGGGGCCAAUCGGGUCGAGGGAAGGAAAGAUAUUGAAAACCGUUCACCCGUAACAAUUUCAUUACCAAAGGAAACCAUCGUCAGCUCUGGGAUCCUGCUCCAGUUCCCCUGGAUUCCUCCGCUUCGUCCUCUUCUUCUUCUUCUACUUCUCGGUAAGGCCUGGGGUGGAUGCAUAUGCUAAGCGGCGAUACCCGAGAAAGAAGAGAAUCGGCGCAGCAUGAGACGGUUUCAUGGCGCCAUUUAAGGAGAGGACAUUUCGUUCUGUCACCGUUUCGUGUUCCGCUGUGGAGAGACCACCUACGCGCCUCCCGUUUCAGCGUUACGUUCGCCAUCUCCAACGGAGGAGACCUUUGUCUCGGUAAGACUGUCCCUCUUUUAUCCCUCCUUGUUUCCCUCGGAAACAAAGCGACAAUCCAAGCGUCCCGAGGAACCCUUCCUUCCUUCCUUCCCUUACCAGGAUGCAACGGAACCAGCUCCUCGGGGUGCACAUCGCUGCGAUUCGUCACCGGGGUUCGAGGCGAACCUGACUGCGGUCCUCGGCGCGACGUGGCGCAGCAGACACUUUCCCAACGUGCGGCACAAGCUUUGGCGCAUAUGGCGAUGCACCGUGAAAGAACACUUCCGUUAUGCCGUGCGGAGAGACGGGUGGCUGGCUGCCUUCCUUAUACCCAUUACUACGUGGGACUUGGCAAGGGCUUCGGGCUCGUAAAUUCCAGUAAAUACGACAAGGAGUCUCCGCAUGUAUCCCGCAAUUUCUCCCCGCGGUGGACGACUUGCCGGACAUGCAUUAAACAUCCCCACUACAACGGACUACUGCAAUUCUGAAUUAUACAUCCUCUGUGAGAGAUCGCCGGUCCAGGACUCCAUUCCUCCCUGCGGAUUGCUCCACAACGCAGCUACCGAUGGCUUCUUUGGCGGCGGAGAUUCUUCGGCAAACGGUCAUGGUUACCUCGCCAGGUGCUUGAGCAUCCACCACCAUCAAAUUGGAAUUUUAAGAACUCUUGCGAGUUCUGGAAUUUCACGAGAGGCCAAAAUACCGCUGCGCAAAUUCCGAAAACAACAUUUCUUCGGAUCGUCCGGUACAUUCUCAAUUUUCGAGGAGGUGCGUGAUCGGUCCAACGAUUCAUUGUCGUUUCUUUGGUCCUCCAAGAUGCAGUUCGCAGAAUCGGCAGUCGAGGAACUAUCGGUAGCUGACGAAAAUACCGAACAAGUACCCAACUGUAAUUCGGACCUAAGCUAUAAGUGGACAGAAGCUGUUCCUAUGCUUCUCUGUAGUGCUACAGAAGAGUACAAGCCUACACCAAUAUGCGAAAAUUUCACAAAAGGGUGCCAUUGGUCCCCUGAUGGAACUUGUCUCCUUGUACCUGGGGAGGACUUUAGACUUAGGAUCUAUGAACUCCCUCGAGAAUUGUAUUCUGGAAAGGUUUCAUCCCGUUUGAUUUUACACCCACUCAAGGCUGCGCUGACCGUUAAGGAGGGAGGGGUCGUUUAUGAUAGCUGCUGGUUCCCGAUGAUGAACUCCUGGGAUCCCUCGAGCUGCUGUUUUGCAAGCACAACCAAAGAGAGCCCCGUCCAUUUAUGGGAUGCUUUCACCGGCGAACUUAGAGCAACUUAUAGAGCCUACAAUCAAGUCGACGAGGUUGAGGCAGCCAUCAGUGUGCAGUUUGUAAAUUCAGGUACAGAAGUAUGGUGUGGUUUUAAAGGUGCCUUGCACACGUUUGAUACUAGCCGCCCUGGACGCCAGGUAAACACAAUCUACCUGAAAAAAGACAUUCCUAACAUAACCGGGAUUGUUUCCUGCAUUCGGGAAAAUCCAACUAUGCCUGGCCUAGUGGCAUUUGGUACCUACUCCAAGACCAUAGGUUUAUACAAAGAUGGUCCGCUGUGUGCGCUUAAGACUGCAAGCGGAGUGACACAAAUUGAGUUCAGCCCCUGCGGGAUGAAACUUUACUCAGCCGUAAGACGUAGCAAUGAAAUGCUGUGCUGGGAUCUUAGAAAUCCAGGCGUAGUUCUGUAUUCCAUUCAAGGACGACAAGCGGACACAAAUCAAAGAAUACAAUUCUCCAUAUCUCCCGAUGGAAAUGUGCUUGUUUCAGGUGGUACAGAUGGGGCUGUAAAUAUAUGGGAACAGGAUCCAAACAUGGUCAAUGGGGAACAAUUGGACAUAAAGCAGACGAUAAAGUUAUCGAACGAUUGUGUCAACGGUGUUAGCUUGCACAGAUAUUUGCCAAUAAUGGCCACAAGUACUGGUCAACGAAUUUGCGAUGAAGAAUUAGAGCGAUGCAGAGAUAACGGUGUACGAUUUUGGUGGUGCGGAUCCACAGAUUGAAACUAUCUGUCGAUGAGCGAUAUAAUUUGUAAUGUUAAAUAUAACCAGUUGUUUGAAAAUAUCUA